CAGUAUUAGCAAAAUUAGUUUUAAGUGUAUCUGAGAUAGAAAGUUUAGUAAAAUGGUUGAAAUGGUAGAAACAAAGUAUUAUUCUAUUGACGAAAUAGCCAAACAUGAUGGUAACGUGGAAAGCCGAAUUUGGAUAAUUAUAAAAAAAAAUGUUUACGACGUCACUGAUUACAUUGAGGAACAUCCGGGGGGAGCAGACGUUAUAAAAGAAUGUGCUGGAAAAGACGCAACAAGAGAAUUUGAAAAUAUCGGACAUUCAUUAGACGCUAAAAACAGACUUAAGAAAUUAAAAAUCGGUGAAGUUAAUGAAGAAGAGAGAAAAAAUAAAACGACUAACAACAAGGACAAGAACCAAUUAGGAACAAAUGCGACAGGAGAAUCAUCGGAUAUCAAAUAUUACACCCUGGAAGAAAUAUCCAAAUACGAUGGUAAACAAGAUCCAAGAACAUGGAUAAUUAUAAAGGAUAUGGUAUAUGAUGUCACAGAUUAUCUAGAUGAUCAUCCCGGAGGAGGAGAAUUAAUAACAGAGUGGGCAGGUAAAGAUGGUACCAAAGACUUUGAUGACUUCGGACAUUCUUCGGAUGCCAAAAAAGAACUGAAAAAGCUAAAAAUUGGUGAAGUUGUUGCAGAUCAAAGAAAAGCGAAACCUAAGAAAAAAACUAAAAACAAUCAACAAGAAAAGAAACAAAAUUCUAACGUGAUAGAAUCAGCGGAUUUUAAAGCUAAUAGAAGCUGCAUUUCAAUAAUUACUUGUGGAAUUCUAUCAUAGUCAUUAUAAUCCUAUAUUAGGUAACUAUCUUUUGUGAUAUUUUAGUACUAGUGUAAUUUUAUUAAAAUUAUUUUAAUUCUGUAUUAGGUACAUAUCAUUUGUGAUGGCUUAGUGC